CGCGCAUCGCAUCUGCCCGACUAUGGCGGACGGACAGUGAAGUAUGGUAGAAGUCCUUUUUAAAUCGGAAAGUAUCGACUUUAGCCAAUGGCAUAAACCGGGUUUUCUGUAAAAAUUGUACAUUGUAAAUAGUCCUGUGUACAUAUAGUAAUUAUAUUUGUGGUCGUUUUGUUUAGAAAUUGUGUGAAUAGUGUAUUAUUUUGAGUGUUUAUUGAAUUCAGUUCUCGACGCCGACAAAUCCCUAGUCAGUGUGUUAAUACAUUGGCUCAUAGCAUAAAACACAAAAAUAAGUGAUAUCACAGCGCUUUUAUGCUGUUUACAAGCGUAUUUGUCAUUUGUCUUUGUUUCUAAGUCGUCGAAACAAGCCAUUGCAGUUUCUUGCAAUAUUUUGGUUUUCUUUAGCGGCUGUCAUCGUGCUUCGAUAAAACUAGUAGCUGUCAUUACAAAGACAAAAAGAAUAUUGUAGUCUCUAAAUGGCUUCAAUUUAGUAUAACGCUAGCCGCAUGUAGUAUGUUUGAUGAUGUAAAUCAUAAAAAAAUAACAUAGAUCGAUUAAUAUUUACCGCAGUCGUGUAAUACAGAGAUUGUGAUUAUUUGUUUACGGUUGUGAGGUAUUGAAGCAUUGUGAAACUGAAUGCUUGAGCCUCACGAUAGCCCAAUGAAGUGGCCAGGCACAGGCGGUGAAGAAGAGGCUGGAGAAGGGGGAUUGCAAACAGCGCGAGUGUCCCAGAACCGCGCUCAGGAUGAUGCUGGUGUGCACUAUGUGUUUCAGCGUGAGAGCCAAGAAGCUGAAUUGUCGUCUUUAGCGUCCAAACAGCGGUGGGCUGUUGGUGAUGAUAAUAUUGCUGAGAAUCAGGAUAAGUGGAAACACCCUGCCCCAAUGGCAAUGAAUAACAUGCAACAAGGUCAGAUGGUGCCAAUGAAGAACUCGCAGGGCACCCCACAACAAUAUAUUAACCAGAACAUUGCAUCAUCUGUUGGACCUUUGGCUAUUAAUCCUUCUGUUAUUGGAAGUCAUCCUCAUUUGACAACAAAUAUGGUUCAUACUCAAAUGGCACCACUUCAAAAUCAAGCAUUGGGGAGUAAUCUAACAAUACCGAAUAGUGCUAUGAUGCUGCCGGCUCUACAAGGCAUGCAAAAUGCUCCUCAAUUGGGACAACAAGGAUUGUAUGAUAUGCACCAACAUCAUGGAAAUCCAAUGCAAGCCAUGAAUGGUAUUGGCAAGAGUGCUGAACAUAUGAUGUAUUUAAGCCAGGCAGGAAUGCUUGCACCUGGAACUAAUCAAUUUCUUCAACAAGGACAAAAUCAAUUAGGAUUAGCACCUAUUCCUGCCAUCAGAAAUCAGAUUGCACCUGCUGCAAAAAAGCUAUGGGAUAAGGGCCCAGGUGCUGGAGGUGACAGCAAAGGUCCACCACAGUUGCCACCUUUGCAGCUCAACCCUGAACAAAUGUGGCGUGAUUCUACUUGGUCCGCACAAGUGGAACAUAAUGUGGGUGUACCAAUGAUGGGCACACGCCGUGGCGUGACUUUCCCUGGUGGAGACGCGGGCAGCAUCCUCUCGCCCAGAGACACGGCGGGCCUUGGCGUCAAGAUGGUAGAAUAUGUCCUUGGCGGAUCGCCCACAGAAGCUGGUGGGGUUGCUACUGGCGGUGGGAAUGAAAAAGUUGGUGGUGUGGUGGCUGGUCUAAGAGGGAUGGUUUUAGAAGAACGUAACGAAGAGAAAUCCGGCUCACCCUUCGAAAAAGAUCUCCAUGAGUUGCAUGAUCAUGGACCCCUACCGAAUGGUCUUCAUAACGGCCAAGAAGACGAUAAAGCUUUCAACCGCACGCCCGGCUCGCGGCAGCCGUCGCCCGCGGAGGAGGAGGGCGGCGUGGGCGUGGGGCCGGCGGGCGUGCAGCACGUGGGCGUGCGCAACGGCGACGCGGGCGCCUUCCCGCUGCUGCCGCCGCACGCGCUGCCCGCGCACCAGCCGCAGCCGCUGCACCACCUGCCGCACCUGCAGCACCCGCAGCACCCGCAGCACCCGCAGCACCACCCGGGAAUGUUGGGAGUAGCUCCACUACAAGGACUGCCACAUCCACAGCAUCCGCAAAUACAUCCAGGCAUGACAUUGAACGAUUCCAUGAAUCAACACAUCGAACUGGUUCUUCAAAUGGAGCAACAUCCUCAAUUCGACAACAACAGCUUUGCCAACACGCAGCAGUACGCGGGCGGCGUGGGCGCAGUGGGCGGCGUGGGCGCGGUGGGCGGCGGCAGCGGCGCCGGCGCGCUCGUCAACGGCGCCGCCGUCGGCCCGCCCGCGCCCGACUCGGCGCAGCACCACCAGCCCUUCGACGUGCAGCAAUUAUUCCGAUCGCAACAAGCGGCGGCGGCCGGCGGGCAGGCGGCGGCGGCGCAGCUGCAGCUGCUCCAGCAGCAGCAGCAGCAACAGUUCCAACUGCAGCAGCAGCUCGCCGCGCAGCAGGCGUUCACGCAGGCGCCGUACGUGAUCAACGCCGGGCAAGAGGGCGCGCCGUACGUGAGCGCGCUGAUCGCCGGCGUGCCGCCGUACUACGGCGUGGCGGCGCCGUGGGGCGUGUACCCCGGGCUGGUCGCGCAGCCGGCGCAGCAGCAGGCGCAACAGCCGCGCCGGCCGCUCACGCCGGCGGGCGGCGAGCAGCAGGUGAACGGGCAGGGCCAGUACGUGAUCCCGUACUACGACCCCGGCUCGCUGGUGAUGGGCGCGCGCAACGGCACGCCGCUGCGGCUCGUGUCGCCGGGCGGCGUGCUGGCGCCGCGCCAGUACCCCGCGCACCCCGCGCACCCCGCCGCCACGCCCGCGCCGCACCAGCCGCCGCAGCCGCAGCCGCAGCCGCAGCCCGGCGGCGUGGCGGCGCGGCGCGACUCGCUGGAGUUCGGCGCCGGGCCCGCGGCCGCGCUGCAGGACUACGCGCGCAAGUGGGGGCCCUCGCCGCUCUCCCCGCCGCUCGCCGCCGCGCUCGGGCCCGUCGGCCUGCGCCCCGUCUCCGCCGCGCCCGGCGCCGAGACCGCCAAGUACAGAGCCGUCAGCAGUUUAGCACAAGGUUUAACGUCAAAUGGCGGAAUGUUCGGAUCAUCAUCUUCGCUAUUGAGCAAACUGAGCGGCGUCGGCACCAUCUCAGAGCUGGUGGGCGGCGGCGUGGGCGUGGGGUCGGUGGGCGUGGGCUCGGUGGGCGCGCUGGUGGGCGACAAGCCGGCCGCGGGCCGCUCGCGCCUGCUCGAGGACUUCCGCAACAACCGCAUCCCCAACCUGCAGCUGCGCGAGCUCGCCAACCACAUCGUCGAGUUCUCGCAGGACCAGCACGGAUCCAGAUUUAUACAACAAAAGUUGGAGCGUGCCACAAAUCAGGAAAAGCAAAUGGUGUUCAAUGAGAUAAUUAACGCGGCGUACAGUCUAAUGACGGACGUGUUUGGAAAUUAUGUGAUACAAAAGUUCUUUGAGUUUGGCACGCCCGAACAGAAGACGACGUUGGCGCAAAAGGUGCGAGGGCACGUGCUGGCGCUGGCGCUGCAGAUGUACGGGUGCCGCGUGAUACAGAAGGCGCUGGAGUCGAUCCCGCCCGAGCAGCAGCAGGAGGUGGUGCGCGAGCUCGACGGACACGUGCUCAAGUGCGUCAAGGACCAGAACGGGAACCACGUGGUCCAAAAGUGCAUCGAAUGCGUGGAGCCGGGCGCGCUGCAGUUCAUAAUAAACGCGUUCGCGGGGCAAGUGUACGCGCUGUCGACGCACCCGUACGGCUGCCGCGUGAUCCAGCGCAUCCUCGAGCACUGCACGCCCGAGCAGACCGCGCCCGUGCUGGCCGAGCUGCACGCGCACACCGACCAGCUCAUACAGGACCAGUACGGCAACUACGUGGUGCAGCACGUGCUGGAGCACGGCGCGGCGGAGGACCGCGCGCGGCUGGUGGCGGGGGUGCGCGGCAAGGUGCUGCAGCUGUCGCAGCACAAGUUCGCCUCCAACGUGGUCGAGAAGUGCGUCUCGCACGCCACGCGCAACGAGCGCGCGCUGCUCAUCGACGAGCUGUGCGGCUUCAACGACAACGCUCUCCACGUUAUGAUGAAAGAUCAGUACGCGAACUACGUGGUGCAGAAAAUGAUAGACGUGGCGGAGCCGACGCAGCGCAAGGUGUUGAUGCACAAGAUCCGGCCGCACAUCGGGUCGCUGCGCAAGUACACGUACGGCAAGCACAUCAUCGCCAAGCUGGAGAAGUUCUUCAUGAAGGCGCCCGAGCUGGGCCCCAUCGGCCCGCCGCCGCCCAACCCGGUCCUGUAGGGGCCCGCCCGCCCCCGCGCCCGCACCGCCCGCCCGCCCCGCGCCGCGCCCUACACCCGAGCGAACUAGUCGCUCUUAGUGUAUCCUACUUGAGAUUAUUUAUUACCUGUACAUUCGAAACCAACACUUGC